AUGACUACCGAUAAUUGGAGCAGGCUCCAUAUGUACCAUAUUGAUGAUAUAGGAGACUUAACCCAAGGGGAAACGAAGAACAGAGGAGUUCCUCAGAUCAGAUCAGCUGAAUUCCGUGGGAGUGAAGAGGCGUUUGGCCACACAGACGCGAGGGUGUAUCAGGGUAAGAUCAAUGAAGGCACUCAAAAGGCAGAGGUUGCAGUUGACGUGAAAAACCCAAAUAGGAAAGAAAACACAAGGGUUCUACGAACCAAUAAUGGAGGGAAAAAGAAAGAAGUCUUUCAAAUGUACACACUGAGUGACCAACCCAAGUCAAAAUGUUUAUCUCCCAAACUUCAGUACAGAGAAGGUGUAGUUGCAAAUCUGGUGAAACGUGAAAAUGUAAUUCAUUGUGAUAUUGCCGCUCUCCGUGUAAAUUCGACGCAUCAGAGAAUUGGCCAUAAUGACCAACUGUACACACUAACGAACGAAGAGUUGAAGCUUUUGCUAAGAAGAAGUCCACCAUGGGGGAUGCAAAUUACUAGAGAGUGGCACAACAGCCAGUCAGAUGGUACCUUUUGCGAGGCUGGGUCGAAAGAAAUAUGCCCUUUAAAAGGUGUAACCCGUUUGGGGCCCAUUCAUGGAUGUAAUGGAUCCUUCCAUGUGCCACUUCCGCAUGAGGAGGAGGGGAAGAAGAAGGAGAAGAAGAAAGAAAAGAAGAAAUUGUCCUUAAAGGGAAAUUCAGAUGGAAUCCCCUCGUACACAUCACAUGCAGAUGAAGGUGUUACGCGCGGUAGGCACUUUGAAGAGAUGGACGAAGCGGCGCGCCAACAAACACAUAUGGGGGCAGCACCACCGCAUGUUGACUACAAGAACGUGAGCGGAGGAACAUUGCAUUUUGCCAGUGAAAGGAAGGGAGGAACCAGGGAAAAAUACCCAUGGGGUGUAAAUUGCAAAAGUGUCUACACAGAUUGGUCGGAAAAAUGGGUACGCCGAAGCAGUCCCAUAGUAAGUCAUCAGAAAUUACUCCAAAAUUUCCCCCACGGGACUACAAACCCGUUUAGCUAUGAAAAUGAAGACGUCACUGAGGAGGAACCCCAAGUGGCAUCACCAACCCGCGCAGAUGAAGCACAACUUGGCGUGGCGCGGGAAGCACCAUCAACAAAUAAGCGGCAUGGUAAUUGUUCAUCUAUUAAAAAUUCACCAAGUGGAGACACCACUGGGGAGGAAAACGGGGAAAAUCGAGCGAGCGAUAAAAACGGAGCAGCGGGGGAACAUCACAUUGGGCAGAGCUGUUUGGAGAUGCCAACAAAUGAGGAACAUAUCAAAGAAUUAGAUAACCCAUUCGAGGUUUCCAGUGGCACAGUGUUUAGUGCACAUGAUUCAUUUCUGUCAUCGAAGGCGCAGGAGAAGCAGUGUUACAAUGAUGCGAGGGGUGGUUGCAUGGUGAUUAAUUCUUUGGAAGGUCAUAAAAAUGGGCAGUUGCGCGAUUACCCGGGGAAUUUGACCGUUUGGAGGAAACAGCAAGUGAAAAUGGGAGUGAAAAACAAAGCGAAAGGGGACGCGAAAAGUGAAAAAGAAGGCGACGCAAAAGGGGAAGUGAGAAAAACGGAGGAAAAAAAAAUGAGGUGUCAAUCUACCCGUAGUGCACUAGAAGUGGAAAUUACCCCGGCCCAGUGGAGUGGUGGCGGUGUGAAUUGCACGACGGUUUCGGUCGCGAAGAAUAGGGCGCGCCCAGUGUGCGUCGCCAGGGUUGGAAGCGGAGAGGGCGGACAAAGCAGAGGAAGCGAAGAAAGCGGGGAAAACGAAGAAAGCGGGGAAAACGAAGAAAGCGAAGGAAUUGUACCAUUCAGCACAUUUGGCGAAGUCAGCGACCAGAUUACUGAUGUGACGGGCAGAGAACCCGCUCAGGCCAGCAACUGUUGCGGCACCGCAUGCGCUACCCCCUCCUGUCGUAGUGAUGCGCAAAAAAAGUGUUGCCACGGGGGGAGCCUUGUCGCGCGGGGUGUCGUUUCAAUUUGUAGUAAGGACAAUCGGUGCAGUGGAAAAAUGGGCAAUAAAGGGGAAGCUUGCAGGGGGGGCAGGGUUACCAGUGAUAGUAGCGACCGCGUUGACCAUGAUAAUGGCAAUGACCGCUCCAAGGGCUGCAGCCGCUCUAACCGCUCCAACCGCAGUGGUGACCACCCCCGAAGCAGUCGCGGCAACCCUUUCACAAGCAAAUCCCGCUCAAAUGUCGAAGAAAAUCGGGGGGCACGCCACCCUGAGAUAGCUGAAGAAUUUUUUUCCCCGGACCUCGGGCGUAGAAUUAACAGCAACAGUCCGUUUAACAUGCUGGCAAAUUGUUCCAACUGGAGGGACUUGCGAUAUGGAGAAAGUGAAGUGAACCGGUACGAUGAAGUGAUUCCAAGGUGCAACGAACGCAUAGGCUGCAUGGCGGAUGGCCAUGGGGAGAGCAGAGUCCCCCCGGGUAAGCGACGUAAUGAAAAGUACACACCGCAUUGUGGAGAUGACCACAGGGGAGGCAACAGCGGUUAUGUUCCUGGGGACGGCCCCAGUCGCGAGCGAGUGAACCUCCCGAGUAAUGACGAAGACGUAUUAAACAGCUUCGACGUGACGUCCGAGUGCAGCAGCCUCGGGGUGGGGGAGCAGAAGGCCUUCUCAAGCAACGACAUCCUAGUGAAGGACAUCGAAGAGUUAAAAAUGGACAAACUUUUUUUUGAAGAAAUUUACACAUACAGGAUAAAGGAAAGGAGCGACGAGAGUGCAGCGAGUGCAGCCAUUCCAAGCGGCCCUAUCAGUGGUGGCAGCUGCAUCGGUGAUGUGAGCGCCUCCGGGACGAACCCUUUCGGGCGGCGCCUCGGAGAAGGGCCCAUAAACCUACUCUGCGACGAAGCCCUGCGGGGGGCAGAUUUAAACAAACUGGUGCUAAACAAAAGUUGCUACGAACACAUAAAUGAUGAGGUAAGAAAUCUGAUGAGGGAAGAAGACGAGUACCAAGUGGAGAUGAAGGUUGGGUUGAUGUUCCGGAAGUAUAUUUCCAUUGUGAUCACUCUGGCCUGCAACUAUUUGCUGAUUAAGCUGAAUGAUCAGAAUAUAAUAACAUGCAUCCCGUAUGGAAACAUUUUAGACGUGAGCAUAGUUAAGAGAAGCAAGAAGAAGGACAGGUAUGUAUUCAAAUUGGUAUACAUUUUUAAAAAAAAGGAUGGCUACGAAAAGAACGUCACUUUGCUGUUCCGAUCGAGCAGUAUGGAAGUGUUUCAACAGAUUAGCAGCAAAGUAGAACCCACUUGGGGAGGGAAUCAAGUCAGAUGCAAGGAGUAUCUAACCAUAGAAUCGGUUCACUCCUACAUGGUAGAGAAGCACAAAAGGGUUUACUUACUCUAUUUGAAGCAUCUGCUGCAGGUAGUCGAUAGGGUGUGCAGAAGGCACGUUUUGAAGCGCGCCUUUAUUGAAUUGAAGACCAAAUGUGAUUACGAGAGGGAAAUUGAAGAAGGAAGAAAGCAACGUGAAAGGACAUUGAAAAACGUGUCAAAUAAGUUACAAUUCUACUUACGAAAAAAACUACAAAGUUACUUCAACUUUCUAAUGAUAAAAGGUUACGAAACGAAUUUUGUAACCUACCAAGUGAAGACAAAUAAUUUGCUAUUCAAUUUGCUAGUGAAAGAGAAAAGUAGCUACCAAGAGAUUGUAGAUCGACAAAGUCUCCUCCUUCUGUUUCACGUCUUAUCCAACUUGUACAAAAGAAAGAUGAGUAGCUACUUCCAACUCUUUGUGCAUAAUAAUAGGACCCUAAGUCGGAGGAAGAACGCUGUUUGUUACUCACUCACUCGUGUGAAUAGCAUUUUGGCCAAUUACGAACGAAGGAUAAAAGGGUUCGUCUUGUCCAAGUUAAAAUUCCACUACGAUUAUGUAACUAAUUUUGUCUUCACCAUGUAUAAGAUGUACCUCCGUCGAAUAUUCCUCGGUUACAUUCGUUUGCGUGAUAAUCGAAUUGGCAAAAAGGUCUCCAAUGAGAAGAAUGUCUUUCGGGUAGUAAUAGUCAUUUCUAGGAUGAUCCAUCGUCAGAAGUACUACGCCUUUUUGCAGCUACAAAAAUAUUUUUUUCAUCAAAUGGAGAGGAAGAACAAAGUGGCGUGCGACAAUUUAAUGUAUGCCAAUAAUGAGUUGUGUCAGCACUUGGACAAAGCGACCUUGGAGAAGGGGAUCAACAGGGCAGAGUGUUUCUACAAAUUUAAGAUGAAGGAGCACCUUCUAAAAUACUUCUUCCUAUUGAGGGGUCCUUAUGUAGGAAAUAUAGUGGAGAGGAGUACCCCCGUCCUGAAACACUGUGGGGUAUUUUCCUUCAUUUUGAAUAAACUCAUGCAGAGAAAAAUUCACGACUGGCUGUUCCUCUUCGUGUUGAAGUCAUAUCAAGAAAACAAUCGGAAUAGGCUCCUGUACGCCACAAACAGUUUGGAAGUGCUGCUAACCAGUAAGGAAAAGUCCAGCGUCAUGCACCUGCUCCGGAUGAACGAGGCUUAUCCUUGUCUCUUUCAAUAUAGACACUUGACGAAGAUCGAAAUUUUCACCAAAAGCCUCGAUGACUUUGUUACCUUCUGCAAUAGGAAGUGGCUCCUCAACUUUAUACUGAAACUUCAUUUUUUAAAAUAUCAAGAAAGGAUCGUAAAAGUGUACAGAUGCAUCGACAGUCUGUAUAAAUUCGUCCGCGUGAUCAACAAGAAAAUCAUCGCACAGAUGGAGUCCCCCUUCCAGCUACUCCUCCUGAAUGCUCGCGUCAAGAGGGAAAAAUUGUUUGCGGAAAAAUUGAAGGCCAGCAAGAAGACGCAGCUUAAAUUUAAAUACUCCAAGGCGACCUCUUCGCCCCUGAUCGGCCCCGACCCCCGCAGCCUCUGCAGGCCGUACCCCUACCUGUGUUGCAACUCGGACAUAUCUCUCGAGCGAGCCUCCAUAGCUGGUAAGGCAGAAUCGGUUCAAGCGCUGUGA